UGGUUACUCUGACGCGUAAAGUUUUUCUCGGCUUAAUAUUCCGUGGAUUUGGCCAGUAGAUUCUCCCUGGAACAGGCAUCAUGGAGGAGGAGGCCGAGGCAGCCCAGUACUCGGUGCACGCGGUGUGUCGCAUCUGCCUGAAUCGCCUGCCGGAGAAUGGCGGCGGAGCAGGAUCCUUUGACCUAUUCCUGAUUCCCGGAUUGGCCAAGAAGCUGUGUGUCUGCACUUCGCUGGCCGUGGAACACUCGGAUGGCUUCCCCAAGUGUCUGUGUGCGCCGUGCUUCAGCAGACUAGACGACCUGCAUGAGUUCCAAAAGCUGUGCGUGGACUCGGUGCAAAAGUUCCAGGACAUGGUGACCAGGAACGUCUUUUGUCCGCCGGCGAGUGCGCAGAUAAAAAACUUCGAUUUGCUCAACGUGGCUGGAAACGAGCCCGAGCUGGUGGGUCAGGACGAGGAGGAUCGCAUCAACUUCGAUCCGCUGCUAGACCACAAAAUGGAGAUGAUCGAGAACGAGGAGGAUGUGUUCAAGAUGUUGGAGCACGUGGACAAGGAGGCCGAGCAGGUUGAGAAGGAAGUGAAGCAAGAUGAAUUGGAUGCCGCCGAUCUGAUGACCAUUUUUGCCGCUGACUCUUCGGAAGAGAGCGACGAAGACUUUGACCAAGAUGUGGACUUUGAGCCCAACAGCAGCGAUGGUGACGAUGAUGUGCCUUUGGCGCAGCGCCUGAGGGAUAAUUCCCGGAUGAAACCAAAAGCGAAGGCAGCCGUAAUUAAGGAGGAGGAGCAGGAGUCCGUUUCAGGCUCCGAGGAGGAGGACGAAAACGGUGAGAAGUCAAAGAGCCGGCGCAAGAGGAUUCCGCCUGGCGAACGUCACCUGCACCGCAUCAUCGACUGCCACAUUUGCCACCAAAAGUUCAAGAAGGCCAUCCGCUACGAAGAGCACAUGAAGCACCACAACGAUCUCCUGCCCUUCCAAUGCAAAGUGGAAACCUGCAGGAAAGGUUUCACCACCGCUGGAGGACUAAGGCUUCACAUCGACCACGCCCACACGGAGCUAUCCGAGGUGCACUCCUGCAAUGUCGAUGGCUGCGGCAAGACCUUUCCACGUAUACGCCUGCUCACCUUUCACAUGAAGAAGAUGCAUGGUAUCACAAAGGCGGCGGCGCCCCCACGGGAUUACCCUUGCACCGAGUGCGAGAAGGUAUUCCGCUGUCCCAUGGCGCUCAAGAAGCAUAUGUACAAGCACGACGGCAAGGAGCUGCCAUUCCCCUGUAACAUAUGCGGCAAAAGGUUCGUGAUCAAUAGUGCAUUAAAGGACCAUCUGAUGCGGCACGCGGGCAUUAAGAACUAUGUGUGUCCUUACUGCGGGGUGGGAAAAACCACCAGGCAGGAGUGGAACACGCACAUACUGACGCAUACCCAGGAGAAGAAGUUCAAGUGCCACAUCUGCGAGCACGCCUCCCACAACAAGCAGAGCCUAGCCAACCACAUUAAGAUCGUGCACGAGAAGAUCAAAAACUAUGCGUGUCAAUACUGUGGAAAGACCUUCGGCAAGUCGCACGCCUGCAAGAUCCACGAGAUGACGCACACGGGGGAAAAGCGCUGCGAGUGCAAGGUCUGUGGGAAGAAGUUUCUCUAUCCCAAGAGUCUGACCAAGCACUUAAAGACGCAUGAAAAGCGUGUGCUUCGUGCUAUUGAGACCUAUCGCCAGCGGCAAGUGGAAAUGGGCGAGACACCUGGUGAACAGUUCGACACUCCGCCUGCGCCACCAGUUGAGGGCGUAUCCAUUGAACCGAUUAUGUCGCAAAACGCCGCCGACGAAUUGCUCAAGGUGUGUGCCGAAUCCGUAGCAACCAUACCCAAAGAUCCACGACGCGUACAACGAGUGGAUCUGGCGCAAUUGGCUGGCACUGCUGUGAAUCCCAUACCCUCAGUUUCUGUGCCGUCAUGGUCGCCUCAGGUGAAUUUUACCAAGAAGGAGGGCAAACAUAUUUGCCCCGGCUGUGGUCAGGGAUUCAACAAUAUCGGAAACAUGAAGCGGCACUAUAAGAUCAUCCACGAAAAGGUCAAAGACUUUGCCUGCCGCUUUUGCCCAAAAAGAUUCGCAAAGGCUCAAACGCUGAGGCACCACGAGUGGAUUCAUACCGGCGAGAAACCCUUUGAGUGUAAGACCUGCGGCACGCGUUUCCGUCAGGAGACGGCGCUCAAGCGCCACCAGCGAACCCACGAGAACCGUCCACCUGUUAUUUCACCCAAGUUCUAUGCCGCCCGCGAGGAGCUGGAAGAGCAGGAACGCAGCAAGAGAGAGGCAAAGCGUCAGGCGGAAGCGAAGCGACGCGAAAUUGCGGAGGCGGCCAAGGAGCAGCUUUCCUCGAUACACAAGCUUGAGAGCAGUGACCGCAGCCUGCACUCCUACGACGAGUACCAGGAGGCAGCGGCGGAGCGAGCAGCGGCAUCGGCCGAACUUCAGGCGCAGCAGUUCGAAGAGAACGAGGUAAAGCGACUGGCGGAGGAGGAGCGCCGCAAGAUACAGGAGGCUGCCUACGAUCAACUGCAGCGGUUGCAGCAUCAGCAGGAGAUUGACAAGGCGCAAAGCUCCUACGAUGGCUACUACGCUCAGAAGGCGCAUGCCGAUGGCACCAGUUUGGAUGCCUUAAAAAUCGAUCAUGUGUGAGAUUUGGGCAGCGUUUAACGCUGCCACAGAUGGAAAAUCGAGCCUAGGUUUUUUAUGAAAAGCAAUACCUUAUUAUCCUUAUGAAAACAGUGUGUGUAAAAUGGAUAUGAUUUAGACUUAAGCAGAAAAUAUGUUUUCAUACAAUUAAAUCUAAUGUCCCUAAUGCUAGUACAAAUAAUACUGUACAUUAAUCAGGAAAACACAAUUUACCUAAAUGGAUUCAACUUGAGUUCAUUUAUUUUGGACUAAAUUGAGAGGUUGCAAAUCUAAGAAAUUAUACAACCCCAAAAUCAAAA